AGAGCGACUUAUUUCUACGAGGAGGUAUUUCUCGCUUGUUCCCCUCGCCACCCUCAGGAGGACAGGUCACGGCCGUUGCUGACCCGGCCUGACCUGACCCUCGGGCCCGGCGCCGCCAUGGAGGAGGUGGACCUGGCCGAGGAGGAGCCCAGCAAGCGAGAGGAUGCUGUGGACCCAAGAAUACAGGUGGAGCUGGAGAGGUUGAACACAGCUACUGACACAAUAAAUAAGCUGGAGGUGGACCUUGAUGAGGCACGCAUGUUGUUUCGUCAGCUGCUAUCAGACUCAACACAACGCAUUGAUGCCUUGGCCAAGCGCCUCGGCAAGUGUGUGGAGCAGUCCCGGCCUUACUAUGAGGCUCGGAUACAAGCCAAGCAGGCAUUACGUGAGACUCAGGCGGCAGCUUGGCGUUACGAGCGAGCCAGCAGCCAGCAUGCAGCAGCCCGGGAAAUGGUGUUCCUGGCUGAGGAGGGGCUCAUGGAGAAGGGGUGUUCCUUUGAUCACACCUGGCAGGAGAUGCUCAACCAUGCCACAUCAAAAGUGAAUGAUGCAGAGAAAGAGAGAAUGGAGAGUGCCACAGAGCAUCGCCGUACCUCUGCUCUUUAUCAUGAGGCUGAGACACGUGUGAAAGCCCUGCAAAAGGAGCUGAAGAGGGCCAUCGCUAAGUCCAGUUUGAAUGCACGCCGCAGCCUCUUGCAAAUGAAUAACCUUGUGAGGAUGCAUCAGCUGCAGUUGCUGCCCUACUUUGAGCUCAAGGCUGCUGUGAACCAGCAGCUGGAGGCGCAGAAGCAGCAGGUGCGGCAGCUGGAGGAGAGUGUUGGGCGAGCAAAGAUGACCUACUCCCAGGCCCUGGCCAACCUGGAAACCAUAUCAGAUGAGAUCCACCGUAACCGGCAGUGUCAGGGUCUGGGUGUGCGGGGGAUUGGUGUUGGAGCAGACUCCCCUUUGCCUCCCAUGCACAGUGUGGAGGCUACUUUGCCCCUCACCACUCAGCCUCUGCACUAUGCUGCCUCCACUCCUGAUGUUGUUGAUGUCUCCCAGGAGUUCAAGUCUCUGCCAGGCAAACUUAGCUCAAUGGCAGCUCCAAUCCUAGCCACAGCACAGUCUACUCGGGUAGCUAUCACCCCAGCAGUCUCCUCAGCCUCCAGAGUGCCAGCUGUCCCUGAUGGCUGUGAGGAGAAGAGCAAGAGUGUAGAGGAAGGAAAAGGAGAAAAAGGAAAACAAAGCAAUAGUGGUGGAGAGGGGAAGAAGAGUAGUGUUGGAGAGCAGCCUGCAGAUGUUAUUGUGGAAGAGGUGGAUGGAGGAACCACCAGUACAGACUUAAGUGGCUGGCAGGUCAUUGGUCUCAGCACCCCACCCCUUGGCCCUUCACAACAGUACCUCACUGUGGAUGAUCGGGACUCCACUGUAUCCGACACUGAGAGUCUGGCCAGUAUUGAAAUGCUGAGUGAUGAGGCGAUUGCUGGCUUGAUGCUGGAUGAGGAAUUGGCACAGGCGUCCUCCACCAUGUACCCCACCAUCUCCUCAGCACCUGUAGUGGAGCCACCACUGCCAGUGUCAUCAUCCAUACACUUCCUUCCCACCUUCUUCCACACUUGUGGUGGUGAAGAGAGUGGCAGCCAUCAUCCAGGUAGGGAGGAGGGGAUGACUCCACAGCCAUCACUGGCACCACACAGCUCUACUAUUGGUGGAGGUGGGGACUGCUGCAGUGGCAUCACACAUUCUCUCAUGGGGCUUAAGGUGGACUCCCAUUCUCCAGGAGCCCGACCCAAUGUGCCCCCAGACAGCCUUAGUUUUACUCAACAGGACUCAUCCUCAGAGCAUUCAUCCCCUGAAGACCUGACCCCUGGAUAUGCUCCCCUCAGGGAUACUCCAGGAUCCCCUGAUGACUUCUUGCCCCCUGGUCAACCCUCACCCCCAAGUACCUCCACCAGUGAGGAGGCACCUCACUGUAGUUCCUGGGUCCUGGAGAACACACCAGUGGUACAGAAAUAAAUGACUGCAGCUUGGCUAGCAACAGCUCCUGGAACGGUGGUGGUAUGUACUAGUCAAGGGGCAGUGUGUGUGUAGUGCAUUUUCUGCAAAUUAUUGUAGAAAUUAUCCCUUAAAAUACUUUCCCAGUUAUUUUAGAACAUCAGCAACAUAUCCUGCUGUAAUUUACAAAGUACUGUGUUGAGAAGCCCUGAAACUACAAACUGUAAGAAUGAAUGGCUUGAGAUUGUCAUGUGUUUAAUUUUUAACCGUGCCAAGUGACUGCCCCUCCUGCCCUGGGUGCCUCUGGUGCUGGUCAGUGUUCAGUGCUUACUAGUUGUCAGGCCCAGUUCAUGCUAUAUAUAACACUGAAUUGUGCUUGGAAAGGCCAGCCAUUAUUUUCUUAUGCCUUCAUUAUGAGGUGAAAUAUUAUAUGCCCUCUCCCUCUCUCCUAGCACCACAGCCCUCUGUGCACAACUUGCCCUUAUUACAAUAUUACUGAAUAUAUAUAUAUAUAUAUAUAUAUAUAUAUAUAUAUAUAUAUAUAUAUAUAUAUAUAUAUAUAUAUAUAUAUAUAUAUAUAUAUAUAUAUAUAUAUCUAUAUAUGCCUGAGUAUUCUGCACACAGCCCAUCCAGGUGUUCAUGUUACAGGCUGCUUGAUAAAUGGGUACCUGGGGAAGACAAAAAGUAGAAACCCAGAUGUUACACAUGCCCUGUGUCCUGGGGUAAUGGACUCUUACCCACCACAGGCCUGAAAUGCCAAUGAGACGGAAAUGAUAAUCGCGUCUACACUCAGAUAUAGCGUAUCCCCCCAACUUUACUUAUACCAAGGUUUUUACUCUUACAAUGACCAUGCUUCCCUGCCAUGAAGCUGUGAUGAUUACAGCAAACCCUCAUUUUGAUGGCUGUCUCUGAUACCCUGUUCCCUCAUGGGGGUGGCCGUGACAAGUGUCUCCAACUUUCCGUUUCGGAACUCCCUCUCAGUACACUCAGUCACUUGCCUGCCAACUGUCUCCAAUACACAUCCACUCUAUUGAUCUGUUUCACAGGUGGUCUGUCCCUGACACCUCUCAAUCAUGUCCUCUUCAUAGUCAUCAUUACACAUCCAAACCAUCUCUGAACACCAUGCUUCACCCACUUAAAUUCCCCAACAAGCCACACCCUUUUUUGCUAUUAGACCCACAUCAAAUCUCUCACAUGAUUUCAUUGCAUUCUCCAUCCCAUCCUGACAUAGCAAAUGAGUUAUAUAAGAUCAUUAUAUGCUUGUCAUGAUUGCUGACCUAUAUUCCACAUCAGUGACUAGUGCUUAUAACAAAAGCUGGGAGGGUAAUAGUUUCUUCUAUACUCUUUAUCCCCAUCCUCACUAUUUUUCCAAUGCACCUAUUACCAGACUGCUCUUGACUUCUCUCGCCCUCCAGGUUUUCAUAGAACUGGCACUAAUACUUAAAACAGUUACUUUCUCCAUCUUCUCUUCUAUCAACCAAAUCUUACAGUAUCUUUGCUCUAACUCUGUAUAGCUUUGCAAACUUGAGUCUACUCUCUUGCCAUCUCUUAGCAUAACCUUACUCUUACCAACAUUUACUUUCAACACACACACAGCAAAAAACAUUCAUGGUUCUAGUUUAACUAAUAUCCACUGUCAGGUUGUUGUUUUUUUAAACUGUUGGUGAUUGGACAGAGGAUAAGUUUUGUAACACGAAAAGUAGUCUUGGGAUCACCAUAAUUUUUUCAGUAAAUCUUCAAGCAGAGCACAGAUUUAAUGCAGUACUUGCAUUGGCUAGACCUAUCCAUACAUUACAAAUCUACAUGUUUUGUGGGUAGCAUUACUUAAUGGUAUUUACUAUAUACUUACCAGGUAAAGUCAUCUAUGUAAGUGUACUUAAUUUCUUGAUGCCAAAUACUGUCACCAUUCCUCCCAACCAGCUUCCAAAGAGCCACAGAACAAAGCCAGUUACAUAAGUGAACAUAAUUCCUAGCUACUAUCAACUGGUGGCCUGACUUGAUACAACAGUGCUACACUUAGCCUCGGUUGCAUUUACACUGAACAAGUUGAGUAAAGUUGACUCACAGUAGGUCUAAACUCCUAAUGAUUCACUAUACGAGGAUAUUAUUUGUAUGUAUCCUACAAACCUUGCAUAACAGGAGUGUAGCAGUUAUGUCAGUCAGAGUCAACGCAACUCGUUGGUGUAGUUUGUGCAAGUUGGUACUUAAUAAAGUUUUGAAUAGGGAGUCAUAGAUAAGACUGGCUGUGAAUUUACUCUACUCCCUUUGUUUUAAGGCAGCCCUAUCCUUUCAUGCCUUCAUUCAUGUUAUAUUUACUUAAUUUCCAUUAUGAAAUUAAGUGAUAUACUUUCAGCCAAAGAAAUAACUGUUGAUUAAGUUUUAAAGUGAAAUGCUGUAUAUUAAAAUUCUUUAAUUUGUUGAAAAUAUAUGUAUAUUGAUGACUGUUACCCAUUAGACCCCAUGAGACUCGGUAGUUGUUGAAUUUUGUUAGUGGGUAUGUCUUUUAAAUAGCUUUCUACUAUAGAAUGCUUGGUUGAUAGGUUUCAGUCAAGAGCAAGACAUCUAACUAUGCCAGGAAGCUUGUGAUUCUUCACAUGCAAUAAUUAUUGUGGCUUCAAAAUAUUGAGAUAAAUUUGAGCAUUGGCUCCCUUGGGUUUGCCUCUAUCUGUUACACUGCCAAACCAUUAUUCCUUUCUCUUUGUUUCUGUUCAUGUCUGUAACUUCGUUGGUAGCUUUGGCCAUCUGGGCAUCUCUACUCUUGAGGGUGUAACUUAAGGUCCUCCACAAGCUUUUUCUUUUAAAAAAUACUCCUUUACAUUGUAAAUGCCUGGUCACACGAGCAUUUGUUUCGGCAAUUUUAUCAUCGAUCUCGAGAAUUUUGCCAUCGGCGGCACCGGCAAGUCUCGAUAUGGAGGAAGACGAACAUGCACGUCUUGUAUUUUCGAUACUGAGAACACUUCACCUUUUCCAUCUCCUCUCUCCCCUUUUAAAUGGACUUUAUACACCUUUACGUUACCUUUUUUUUGACCCCCCCUCCCUCCCCAUGCAUGUUAACACAAACAGACAAAUACAACUACACACACCCCUUUAAAGAAUCCCAGAUCACCAAAAGUGCAGCUGGCAGCAAGACAUCAAAGAAGAUUUAACUGCCUUGCUCAUCUCUUAAUUGCCUUUACCUGCUUCCCAUCUAUAUAUAUGCUUAAAUGCACCCUCUGUUUUGGCUAGCAUUGUGUGACCACACCGGAGGUAAAAUCACCGGCGUCAAAACUUGCCGACGUAAAUACUCGUGUGACCUGGCCUUAAGUGCUUUCUCUUGACUGUGUAGCACACUUGGGUGAAUGACAGGGAGCAAGGGGUAGCUUCCACUGUGGGCAGUGGCCUUUUAGGAAGUGACCACACUGCUGACAACAGUCUAGUGUUGGGUAUUUAUAAAAAUUAUCCUAAAAACAAAACAUUCAUAACACUAUGUAGCCUUAUUAAAAAACUAAAUCUAAACACUAUUUAAAAGUGAUUUAGUUGUUGAUAGCUGACAUACAAGACCCAUGUGCUGUGAUUGAUGUGGCAGAGCAUUGGACAAGGAAAUACCCAAGGCAGCUAACGUCCAAACCCACUCAACAUCCUGGAACCACUAUAAUAGCCCAUAUAAUUAAAAUUUAGUAGUGAGUAAUAGAGCACCAUCUAUGUAUUAUGGCAAGGCUAGUAAUACUAAACAGACUAGUAUUACAGCUAUCUGGUGCUAAAUAAUGCCUGAAACUAUUUAGCAAUUACUUUUCAAUGCUCUAUGAGGUGUUGAGGCAAGAGGCUUUAAUAUCAACAAAUUCUUGACUUGUUUGUAAAUAAAAGUGCAAAUUUUA